AUGGCCGACGCGGUCAAAAAUCUCCGAAUAGUCAUUGUCGGUGCCGGCAUGGGUGGCCUGGCAUCGGCCUUGGCUUUGGCAAAGGAAGGAUUCCAAAAGAUUGACGUCUACGAAUACGCCGCUGACCUGGGAUUCGUUGGCGCUGGUAUCCAGCUCGCACCUAAUAUGGCUCGAGUUCUGGAUCGGCUGGGCGUGUGGGAGCCGAUUGCAAAGGAGGCCACCAACAUUCAAGAUACUAGCAUCAGACAAGGUGCAACGAACGAGGAACUCGGUCAUGUAGAGCUGGGCUACAUCGAAAAGACCUAUGACUAUCCUCAUAUGGUGGGCCAUCGUUUCUCGCUAGCCAACUCCAUGUUCGAAGGCUGCCAAAAGGAAAAAGCCAUCACUUUCCACUUCAACACCAAGAUCGACGCCAUCGAUUCCUUUGGGCCAAACCCAGUCAUCGUCGCUACGCCUCGUGACGGAUCGGAUCCUUACAAGGUAGAAGCAGAUGUCUUGCUCGCUGCCGAUGGAAUCAAGAGCAACAUUCGCAUCGAAAUGCUCAAGCUACUGGGUAUCGACGCCCAGGUCGUUGAUACUCACCAAGCUGCCUACCGGAUCAUGAUCCACCGAGACCAGAUCAAGGACGACCCGGAGCUGCUCGCUCUUCUCGAUAGCGACACCGUCGUUCGCUGGAUCGGCGCAAAGCGGCACAUCAUAGCCUAUUCAGUUGACAAUAAGAACAUCUACAAUUUAUCUACCACUCAACCAGACACAAACUUCGCGGCUGCCCCGUCCGCAACAUAUACCACAAAGGGAUCCAAGACGGCGAUGCUUGGUGUAUUUGAGGAUUUUUGCCCUAUGAUUCAGCGCAUGCUCAACUAUGUACCGGAGGGAGAAGUGUGCGAGUGGAAGCUUCGAGUGCACGCGCCGCUACCCACCUGGAUCCAUAAUACUGUGGCUCUGGUGGGUGACGCUUGCCAUCCUACACUGCCUCAUCUGGCCCAAGGCGCUGCCCAAGCCAUUGAAGACGGAGCCGUUCUUGGUGCUGCUCUCGCCCGUCUUCCUGAUACCUCGCCUGAAUCCAUCAAUAAAGCUCUUCGCGUAUACGAAAAAGUGCGCAAGGACCGCGCCGAAGCACUCGUUGAGCUCGCCGCAGCCUCUGGGCGGACGCUGCAUCUUGGCGAGGGUGCUGACAAGGAGGAGCGAGACAAGCAGUUUGCUGCCUUGAAGCAGGGAGACGGCAAAGUGCCUGACAAGUGGGCUGAUGCUGACGUUCAGAAACUCAUUUAUGGGUUCGACUGCACCAAGGUGACACAGGACUCGUUUGAUGAGAUCUUUAACAGUCUAUCUGCACCAAACGGACUCAGCUCAACUAAUGGAGCCAGCGAUGUUGCUCAUAUUUAA